AUGGCCUCUGCUACUCCUCGCCGUAGAAAGCUUAUCGGGCAACGUCGCCGUGUCGAGGAUGAGGGCGAAGACGAGGGUGGCCCGGAGGGCCUCGACCUCGAUGACGAUUCUAUCACCGACGGCUCCUUGACCGACGAUAAUGAUCCUGCUGAUGAUAGCGAUACCAGCAACAUCGACGACGCCUCGCCAACAUCUCCAAAUGCGAGGAGGAAGGUCAAUGGCGCCGCUAAGCAUGCCGGGCAUGUCCACAAGUCGGGGGCCGGCUCCGGCUCCGGCCAGAACGGCAAGCCUGUGACAGAUACGGAUAUGAUGCUGCACGGCUUGUCCAUCACUGACCAGUCUCCUCCGGUCCAGGAAAUGCAUUUCGACGAUGUUGCUGCCCCAUCACCUAGCAAAUCACCUUCUGCUCCCAUAGUGGUGAGCUCAGCAUCCGCCAGGCCACCUGUCGCUCCUGGCAAUCGACGUCGACAAGAGCAUGAGGACUACAAGAAAAAGAGAGAUGAGGAUCCAGCCUUCGUGCCCAAUCGCGGUGCUUUCUUCAUGCAUGAUCACAGGCAUGCUGGGCCUGCAGCAAAUGGCUUUCGUCCCUUUGGACGUGGCAGAGGUAGAGGCGGCCGUGGUGGUAUUGGAGGACCUUUUGCUCCCAUCAAUCAAUUGCACCAGCCAGGAGAUCCAACGACCAAUUCCCCGUGGACUCAUGAUAUGCACGAGACUGUUGUAGCACCGCCUCCCCAGCCGCCCCCAGCACGCCCUCGACAUAUGGUGGAAGAAGAGGGUCCUGCCAACGGAAAUGGCUUCAUUCCAACAUGUGAUCCUAACCCGACACCCAUUAACAGGACUCUUUCAACUGAGAAACACAUUGGUAACGCACAGGUCCGGGUGUCUCUUCCGUCCAUGAAGGCCCCGGUCAUGAUUCCAGGUCUCGCAGUAAAACAGUACACCAAGCUACCCGACCAUCGACCACCCCUACGUCGGGAUAAGCCCGUCCGGAUCUCGCUUCCUAAUAAUCCUCCUCGGUAUAUCUAUCCUGCCGCUGAUAGAUCUUUCAUUUUCAUCCCCCGAGCGAUGCGACCUAACCAGCAGCGGAUGCGAGGAAAGCCUCGCGGCGGGUAUGGCUCGAUGGGUGGUUUCUCGAGACGAACAAGCGUAUUCGGCGGUGGUAGCUAUUACGGCAGCGUUUACUCGCCUAGCGUGGCCAUGAGCAGGCGGUCUUCCAUUGUGGACCGUGAUUAUAUGUUCUCUCCUACAGGUUCCGUCAUCUCACGGCCACCUAUCCCGGUCGAGAACGCUCGACCUGUUGUUCGACUCCCCCCAGCUCCGCGACCGGAGAUGCCAUUGAACCCAAUGCUUUCCCACAUGGGUGUCCCAGCUCCUGCCUAUGGGGCAGGUGAUCCAGCUUUCGCGACCGAAGCGCCUCUGUCAAUUCACAACCUUCCUCACCCCCAGGCCUUCCCUCUUCCACAAAGGCCAGGGUUCCAGGAGGGCCAGCCAGCUUUCCAUGAUAACCAACAGCAGCCAGCUUUCCAGGAGAACCGGCCCACAUCGGCGUUGCCCAUGCAUCAACCUCGCCCACAGAAGAACAUCUCUGUUGCUGACAUUGAGUCACCUACGUUGACGCAAGGUCCUCAAGCCUAUCAGCAAGCCUUCCAUCAACAGGUGCCUAUCCAAAUGUCUAAUGGACUGUCUCAAGAAUCACAUACUCGCCAGCCUUCUUACCCGUCUCAACAUUCUACUGGAACACCGCUAUCUCAAAUUCCUGAAAGAGCCAUUCACGCUGCGCCAUUCCAGCCCAACACUUACGGCCAGCAGCCCUAUUAUAACCAGCAGCCUUACCAAGCGCAGCCUCAGCAGGGAUACUACUACCCACCUAGCUACAACAACCCUAACAUGGGGCCACCUGGUUCUGCACCCGCGUAUGUACCUAAUCAGCCAGGACCUUCUGGCAGUUUCACACCUCAGAACCAGCCGGAGCAACCUGUCAUGUCCAACAACGGUCCACCUCCAGCAUCAGGCUCCAGCCUGGUGGCACAAGAGGUGAAUGGAAUGGUUUACUACUAUGACGCAUCUCAGUUGCCGCCGGUUAACAAUUAUCCUACAUACUCCGCGCCUCAAAGCUACCAGCCAAGUGUCAUGGGCAUGGGUGGUAUGGUGACACCCAGCCCGGAUGGAUUUUAUUAUCCUCAGCAGGCAUCCGGCAUGGUCUACUAUCCGCAGUAG